AUGUGGGUGGCACUUGUGGCGUGGCAUCAUCAUUUACUGAUGAUGGUGGUUUCUAACUUUCAAAUAUGAAAAGAAGAAUUUUCGAGAUUUCGAGGUUAUGUAAAGAGAGAUAUAAUAUGGAAAACAGUGAAGAACCCGCUUCCAAAAAGCAAAAAGUAACCGAGACUGAUACUGUAUCGGUUAUAAAACCGAGACUCUGUCCCUAUUUGGACACUAUAAACAGGCAGUAUUUAGAUUUUGAUUUUGAAAAAUUAUGUUCCAUAUCUUUAACACGCAUUAACGUUUAUUGCUGCUUAGUUUGUGGGAAAUAUUUUCAAGGAAGAGGAACCAAUACUCACGCUUAUACCCAUUCGGUUGCUGAAAGCCACCACGUCUAUCUAAAUUUACACACUUUGAAGUUUUAUUGUUUACCUGAUAAUUAUGAAAUAAUAGAUUCAUCGUUGGACGAUAUUAAAUAUGUGUUGAAUCCAACUUUCUCUGAAAGUCACAUAAAAGAACUAGAUAGUAGUACAAAAUUAUCAAGGGCUAUUGAUGGAUCAUUAUACAUGCCAGGAAUAGUAGGACUUAAUAAUAUUAAGGCUAAUGAUUAUUGCAAUGUUGUUUUACAGGCUUUAUCCCAUGUAACACCUCUAAGAAAUUACUUUUUAAGAGAAGAGAACUAUAAUAAAGUUAAAAGGCCACCAGGAGAUUCGGCUUAUUUACUAGUUCAAAGAUAUGGUGAAUUAAUGAGAAAGUUGUGGAAUCCGCGAAAUUUUAAAGCACACGUCUCUCCACAUGAAAUGUUACAAGCCGUUGUAUUAUGGAGUAAAAAAACAUUUCAAUUCACUCAACAAGGUGACCCUAUUGAUUUUUUAUCAUGGUUCCUCAAUGCGCUCCAUAAAGCAUUAAAUGGAACAAAAAAACGCGACAGCUCGAUAAUUUAUAAAUCUUUUUUGGGAAACAUGAAAAUAUAUACUAGAAAGAUUCCUCCUACUGAACUAGAAGAAAGGCAAAAGAAAUCAUUGCUGUUGACUACGGAAUAUCAAGAAGUUGUUACAGAUUCGCCGUUUCUGUAUUUGACUUGUGAUCUGCCACCCCCACCUUUGUUUAUUGAUGAAUUUAAGGAAAAUAUUAUUCCUCAAGUAAAUCUGUAUCAGUUAUUGGCAAAAUUUAAUGGUCAAACUGAAAAGGAAUACAAAACAUACAAGGAAAAUUUCUUGAAAAGAUUUGAAAUUUCUAGGUUGCCCCCUUAUUUAAUAUUGUACAUUAAACGGUUUACCAAGAAUACUUUUUUUGUUGAGAAGAAUCCCACUAUAGUAAAUUUUCCAGUCAAAAAUGUAGACUUUGGUGAAUUCUUGUCAGAUAAGGUCAAAGCUCAACACAAAAACACUAUAUACGAUUUGGUAGCGAACAUAGUGCAUGAUGGAGAACCAGGCAAAGGAACUUACAGAGUGCAUAUCUUACAGAAGUCUACUGGGCAGUGGUAUGAAAUGCAAGACCUUCACGUCACCGAUAUUUUGCCUCAAAUGAUUACUUUGACAGAGGCCUAUAUUCAGAUAUACGAGUUGCGUUCUUAAUGUAAUUUAUUAUUCAGAUUUUUAUAAUUUAAUUUUAUAAUAUACCAGUAUUAAAAGUAAA